CACCACCGUCCAUUCCGGAAUUCCUCCCGAGUCCAGUCCACUCCGCGACCGCGCCAACAUGGGCCUCGCCCACCGGCGCCUCCUCCUCCUCCUCCUCCACCUGCUGCUGCUCGUCGCCGCGGCGGCGGAGGCGGCCGCCGCCGGAGCAGGGAGGAAGGAGAAGGGUAUCGGCGGCGGUGGGGGGCUGCGGUUCCGGGGCGGGAGCGGGACGUUCAAGGUGGUGCAGGUGGCGGACAUGCACUACGCGGACGGGCGGCGGACGGGGUGCCUCGACGUGCUCCCCUCCGAGGCCGCCGGCUGCUCCGACCUCAACACCACCGCCUUCCUCUACCGCCUCUUCCGCGACGAGGACCCCGACCUCGUCGUCUUCACCGGUGAUAAUAUCUAUGGCUUUGAUGCAACCGAUGCGGCCAAGUCUAUGGAUGCAGCAAUCGCCCCAGCCAUUAACAUGAACCUUCCUUGGGCUGCGGUGAUCGGAAACCAUGACCAAGAAGGUACGCUGUCACGCGAGGGUGUGAUGCGUCACCUUGUGGGCAUGAAGAACACCCUUUCUCGCUUCAACCCAGAAGGAAUAGAAAUUGAUGGUUACGGAAAUUACAAUUUGGAAGUUGGUGGGGUUGAAGGAACAUUGCUGGCUAACAAAUCAGUGCUCAACCUCUAUUUUCUUGACAGUGGUGACUAUUCUACGGUGCCUUCCAUCGGUGGAUAUGGUUGGAUCAAAGCUUCACAGCAAUUCUGGUUCCAGCAAACCUCUUCGAAUCUCCAGACAAAAUACAUGAAGGAGGAACCGAAGCAGAAGGCGGCAGCGCCUGGUCUUGUGUACUUCCACAUCCCAUUGCCAGAGUUCAGCAGCUUCACAUCAUCCAAUUUCACAGGAGUGAAGCAGGAGGGUAUCAGCUCGCCAUCGAUCAACUCUGGGUUCUUCGCCAGCAUGGUGGAGGCUGGGGAUGUGAAGGCCGCCUUCAUAGGGCAUGAUCAUGUGAACGACUUCUGUGGAAAGCUCAAUGGCAUUCAGCUGUGCUAUGCUGGUGGAUUUGGGUACCAUGCGUAUGGGAAGGCCGGGUGGUCGAGGAGAGCGAGGGUGGUGUCCGUGCAGCUUGAGAAGUCGGACGGCGGCGAGUGGCGAGGUGUGAAGUCCAUCAAGACAUGGAAGAGGCUUGAUGAUCCACAUCUCACCACAAUUGACUCAGAAGUCCUCUGGAACAGAGGCUCCAAUGGAAGGCGCAAGAAGAAUCCUGAUGGAAAGAUGAGAUAGUGAUAUAGAUGGGAAGACGGGGAUAGUGAAAUGUUGCAACGUACUACACGUUAUGAUGUGCUGUUUGCCAAUUUGUUUUACAAAAUUUUCGAUUUAUGUAAAUGAACAAAAACAUGGUACACGACACGGCAUGCACCCUUUUCGCGGUUGUAAUUCUCACCGAGAAAACAGUGAAUUUUAGUAAAAACAGUUACUGUAGUUUUAGUAAAAAUGUCGCAAUUUGCCAAUGGGAUCAAAUAAACGGCAGCUGGAAUAAAAAGAGAGCCAAACUGGUGGACACAAUACACUGAAAACAAAACAUUUAUUCAACUAUAAUCUUAUUCGUGAGCCAGUGGGACAAGAUAGGUCAACGACAUUUUGAGGAACAGCCUCGAGGGCUCUUUGAUGAUUCCUUCUUGUGGUAUGAUAUGACAUAUUGAUUUUUCCCUAAAUAGAUUACAUAUACAGCCAAAUCAACAACAGAUGCGUGUACAUCAGACAGUAUCCCUCUAUAAAUAUAUGCAGUUGGGAACGCAGGCACAAACAGAAGUGCAGAACUCACAUCUGUUUUGUAUAACUCGUAUACAGAUUCCGAAUGUUGCUCAACCGAGAUGGAUUGGCAGCAGCGCUGCAAGCCUGCGUUUGGCGUGAGAUUCUACCUCGUGGAAUAGU